AUGUCAACAGUUGAGGAAAACUAUGAUAUGUCUACUGUUUCACUUGAUGAUGUCAAAAUUGAAUUAUCAAAAAUUGCAAUUGCAAAAAAAGCAAUUGAAGAUUUUGGUCUUAAACGUUCAGAAUUAUUAGGUGAAUAUGAAGAAUAUCAAAGAGCAGGAGAUUUCUUUAGUGAAACACAAGUAACAUUAGAAGCAAUCUUAAAAGAAAAACAGGAACAAGAAGAUAUACUUCGUCAAAUAAAUAAUGACAAAGAAUCAUUAGAAAAGGUACUUUUAGAAAUAAAAACAGAUAGAAAAACACUUGAAUUGAAAUUAUCACAAAAAUAUUCAGAGGUAUUUAAACUUUUAGAAAAUGCUAAUAAACUUGGGUUAGAAUCUGGUUGUAUAAAAGAGACUGAUGUUAUUCCUAUAACAUCACUUCCUUCUGGAUUAAAUGAAUUUAAAUUAAAAAUUAAAGAAGAAGAAUCAGAGAACGUUAAUUCUAAUAUUACACCACCUAAUAGCAACUCAACUUCAACACCAAAUAUAACCCAAGGACAGUUACCAAAUCCAUUUUUAACACCAUUUAAAUUACCAAAUAUAAUGUUUAAUUUUGAUCCAUCUUCAUAUCUAAUGAGUAAUAAUUCAGCACCACAAUUUCAAACACCGAUGCAAAAUUUAGGAUUAGGAAAUGGGUUACCAAGUGCUUUAAAUAAUGCUGCUAGAUUUCAUUCAAAUAUAAGAAUGAUGACUCCUGGUAUGCACUCUAUUGGAAAAGAUAAUAGCCAUCAAUCACCACCGAUGAAGACAUGUCAAUCUUGUUUACAACAAAUUCAUCGUAAUGCUCCUAUAUGUCCUAUGUGUAAAAGUAAAAGUAGAUCAAAAAAUCCAAAAAAACCUAAAAGAAAAGGUGAAUAA